CCUUCCUUGUCGGUCUUACCGCUCCUCCCGGCUUCAGCUUUGUCUCCCUCCCAUCUCUCCUCGGUUUCUCCAAUAACAUGUUGCACUUCAAGGAAGUUCGUUAAGCACAGUUUACCUCUUGUCAUCACCGAGCCUGCACCUGGGGCAAGUGAGCGCCAAACGGAUUGUGUGAGAGGCAGUUAAGAGUAAACAUGAGGCGGUACCUUUUCAGGCUGGAAACCAUAAUCCUUUUCUGCGUGGGUCUUGUGGGGAUUCUUUUCAUAUUAAAUGAAAAUGAUGAGCUUCUGGAGAUAAGGGAUAUAGAGGAUUUUAAGGUCACCCGCAGUUCCCAUCAUGCUGCCCAUUCAGCAGUUCCACAAAUGGAGUGGGUUUCCAAGUGCCAGAUAAAUAUGUCUGUGGAGAACCUCCCUGAUUUUAACACCUUACCACCACAUAUCAAAGACUUCUUGAGGUAUAGGCACUGCAAGAGUUUCCCUCAGAUCCUUAACUCGCCUAUGAAGUGUGGAGGUCCUGCAACAUCUAAGGAUGUCUUCCUACUACUUGCCAUCAAAUCUUCCCCAGGGAAUUAUGAAAGAAGAGCUAUCAUCCGUCAGACAUGGGGGGUAGAGGAGUCCUACAGAGGUGCCAAAGUGAAAAGAAUAUUCCUUUCUGGCAUUGUCAGUAAUACGAUUGAAGACAAAAGGAUGAGACACUUAUUGGCAAUUGAGAGUCAAACAUAUGGUGAUAUUUUGCAAUGGAAUUUCUUGGACACCUUUUUCAAUCUGACCCUAAAACAAGUCCUUUUUCACCAAUGGCUAGAAGAUAACUGCCCAGGAGCCCAUUUCAUUUUCAAUGGAGAUGAUGAUGUCUUUGUUAACACCUUUAAUGUAGUCUCAUAUCUGAGUGGGCUGGGGCAAGAAGGAGCAGAUCGUCACCUCUUUGUUGGACAACUGAUAGCCAACGUUGGCCCUAUACGGGAGUCGUGGAGCAAAUAUUAUGUCCCAGUGCAAGUGACCAGUUCCAAUUCCUACCCAAUGUACUGUGGAGGUGGAGGCAUCUUGAUGUCUAAAUUCACAGCCCAUACAAUCUACAAUAACUCUCUUGGCAUACAGUUGUUUCCCAUUGAUGAUGUGUAUCUGGGCAUGUGCCUUGAGAAAGCUGGUUUGGUACCAGCCUCUCACAUGGGCAUGCGAACAGUGGGAGUAAGAGUGCCAUCUGAUAAAUUGGACUCAUUCAAUCCUUGUUAUUAUAGGGAACUUUUGAUGGUACAUCGUUUUGUACCUUAUGAAAUGCUGGUUAUGUGGAAGGCUGUACAAGACCCAGAUCUUAAUUGUGGCCAGAAAAGAAGUGUCUAUAUUGGCAUGUAAAAUAUUCUAAAGUUAACAUCCACAUCAUAAACUGGAUGUGUAACUAUUUUUAUGGCACAUUUAUUUAAAAAAAAUGUCUGGUACCCAAUACC